CAGAAAGGAGGAGCAAGAGGAGGGAGGGGGGAUGUGUCAGGUGGUAACAUCAUCAUCAUCAUCUUCCUCCUCAGCACCAGCAGCACCUCCCGGCGCCAAGACGGCCUCGUCAGUACCGCGGCGGUACCGACUUGCCGGUCCUGAGUCUGCGUGGUCCGGGGAUUCUAUCGUUCAGCGCCGCGCUCCUCCUGGCGACAAAACCUCCGUCCUGAGCGUGGUCCGGUAUCCCCGGGAGCGAGCCAGCCUUGGCACACACCAAGCUGAAGGGCUUCGGGCGCCAUGGCGAAUGCCUCCCCAGACUUGGACAACGCCGAAGCCCAGCGCCAGCUCAACAACAACAACCGGCCAAUUAGCUCAGGGUUCUGGGAGACGGAGUGUACCAGUGCCAAGCUGUUUGAGUGCUCCCGCAUCAAAGCCCUGGCAGAUGAGCGAGACGCCGUGCAGAAGAAGACUUUCACCAAGUGGGUUAACUCGCACUUGGCCAGAGUUUCUUGUCGCAUAUCAGACCUGUACAACGACCUGCGCGAUGGCUACAUGCUCACGCGUCUGCUGGAGGUCCUCAGCGGCGAGCGGCUGCCGAGGCCCACGCGAGGCCGUAUGCGCAUACACUGCCUGGAGAACGUGGACAAAGCUUUGCAGUUCCUCAAGGAGCAGAGGGUUCACCUGGAGAACGUGGGCUCUCAUGACAUCGUGGACGGGAACCACCGCCUCACGCUGGGCCUCAUCUGGACCAUCAUCCUCCGCUUUCAGAUCCAGGUGAUCAAGAUAGCGACCGCCGACAACAGAGAGACGCGCUCCGCCAAGGACGCGCUGUUGCUCUGGUGCCAGAUGAAGACGGCAGGGUAUCCUGAGGUCACCAUCCAGAACUUCACCAGCUGCUGGAGGGACGGCCUCGCCUUCAACGCGCUCAUACACAGACACAGGCCGGAUCUGAUCGAGUUCCACAAGCUGACGAGAUCCAACGCCACGCACAACCUGCAGCAAGCCUUCAACAUCGCUGAGCAGAACCUGGGCCUCACCAAACUACUGGACCCAGAAGCAUUUCUUCUUUCUGUCUCAGAUGUGAACACGGAGAACCCAGAUGAAAAGUCCAUCAUCACCUACGUUGUUUCAUACUACCACUACUUCUCCAAGAUGAAGGCUCUUAUUGUGGAGGGCAAACGGGUUGGCAAGGUGCUGGAAAAGUGCAUCGAGGCGGAGAAUCUGGUGGGCCGCUACGAGGCGCUGGCGUCUGACCUGCUGGACUGGAUUGAAAAGACCAUCGCCGUCAUCAGCAACCAGAAGUUUGCCAACUCGCUGUCGGGAGUUCAGCAGCAGCUUCAAGCCUUCACCACCUACUGCACCAUCGAGAAGCCCAUCAAGUUUCAGGAAAAAGGGAACCUGGAGGUGCUUCUGUUCACCAUACAAAGCAAACUACGAGCCAAUAACCAGAAAGCCUACGUGCCUCAUGAGGGAAAACUAAUCUCUGACAUCAACAAGGCGUGGGAACGCCUGGAGAAGGCGGAGCAUGAGAGGGGCGUGGCCCUGCGCAAGGAGCUGAUUCGCCAGGAGAAAAUGGAGCUGCUGGCUCAGCGCUUUGACCACAAGACCACCAUGAGGCAGGCCUGGCUCAACGAGAACCAGAGGCUGGUGUCGCAGGACAAUUUUGGCUACGACCUGCCAGCGGUGGAAGCCGCCAUGAAAAAGCACGAAGCCAUUGAGGCGGACAUCGCCUCCUACGAAGAGCGCAUCGGCGUGGUGGUGGAGCUGGCCGCCGAGAUGGAGGUGGAGAGCUACUACGACAUCCGCCGCAUCUCGGCCCGCAAGGAGAACAUCCUGGGACAGUGGAGUCUGCUGAAGGAGCUGGUGGCGGGAAGGCGGACCCGGCUGGAGAAGAACUUAGCGCUGCAGAAGACCUUCCAGGACAUGGUCUACAUGAUCGACUGGAUGGAGGACACUCAGUUUCAACUGCUUUCCAAGGACUUUGGCAAGCAUCUUCUGGAGGUGGACGACCUGAUGCAGAAGCACGGCCUGCAGGAAGCUGAUAUUGGCGUGCAGGCUGAGAGGGUGGAGACGCUCAACGCCGCCGCGCUCAAAUUCACCACCAUAGAGGGCUACCAACCAUGUGACCCGCAGGUGAUCUGUAACCGGGUCAACCACGUCUCGUCCUGUCUGGAGGAGCUGAAACAACUGGCGGACAAAAGGCGCGGCGAACUGGAGGAGUCGAGGCAGCUCUGGGCCUUCUUCCAGGAGCUGGAAGAGUCGGAGGCCUGGAUCCGUGAAAAGAGCUCCAUCCUGGGAGCGCAGGGUUACGGGAAGGACCUGAGCAGCGUGCUGAAGCUACUCCAGAAGCACAAGACUCUGGCUGGAGAACUGCUGGCUCAUCGCUCCCUGCUGCAGACCACCAUGCAGCGAGGACAGCAAAUCCUCAGCGAGAAGAGCAUUGACACGGCGGGCAUUCAGGAGCGCAUCAUGGACGUGAAGGACGAGUGGACCACGCUGGAGGACCAGGCGGCUCAGCGUCUCGGCCACCUGCAGGAGGCGCUCAACUUUUUCCAGUUCUCCACAGAGACAGACGAUCUGGUGGUCUGGCUGCAGGACGCGUACCGCCUGGUGUCCAGUGAGGACUUCGGCCACGACGAGUACUCCACCCAGUCGCUCCUGAAGAAGCACCGGGGGGUCAGCGAGGACGUGGACAAACAUCGGCUCCACGUGGUGGCACUGCGCAAACACAUGGUGGCGCUGCCUCUGCGGUACAGCGAACAAGAGGAAGUGCUGGUGAGGAUGGUGGAGGUGGAGCAGCUGUACACGGAGGUGGUGGAGGUGGGCGUGCUGCGUCAGCAGUGGCUUCACGACGCCCUCGCCGUCUACCGCAUGUUUAGCGAGGUCAACGCCUGCGAGCUGUGGAUCGAUGAGAAGGAGCAGUGGCUGAACAAGAUGGAGAUUCCCGAGAAGCUAGAGGACGUGGAGGUGGUGGCGCACAGAUUUGAGUCCUUGGACCAGGAGAUGAACAGCCUGAUGGGACGGAUCCUGGACGUGAACCAGAUAGUUCAGCAGCUUCUUGAUGGUGGUCAUCCGUCCUCUACGGAAGUCCGAGGGUGUCAGGACCACCUCAACUCCAGGUGGAACAGCAUCGUGGGUCUGGUGGAGCAGAAGAAGGACCAGCUGGACUCCAUGUUGCGUCUGCAGAACUACCUGCUGGAGUGCGUUGAGAUUAAGUCCCAGAUCCAGGAGAAGCGGAAGGCCAUCGACGCGACUCAGUACGCAGGCAGCGACCUGGGCGGGGUCCUGGCCUUGCAGAGGCGCCUCUCCACCAUGGAGGGGGCGCUGUCUGUCCUGGAGCCCAAGCUGAUGCACCUGCAGGAGGAGGCGGAGCAUCUGGCCACAGCCCACCCGGGUCGGGCCACGGAGGUUCUACUUCCCUUUGAUGGCAUCAGCGUGGAGUGGGAGGAGCUUAAGAGGACCCUGCAGGGCUGCGAGGACUCGCUAAUGGUGGCUAGCAGGCUGCAGAGCUUCAUUCAGGAUUUGGAUUUGUUCCUCACCUGGUUGGUCCAAACGCAAACGGCCGCCGCCUCGGAUCAGUUGCCCAAUGACCUGGAGGAAGCCGAGAAACUCAUCAACAAGCACGCCGCCCUCAAGGAGGAGAUUGGCCGGUACGAAGAAGACUACGAGCGUCUCCAGGCCAUGAACGAGCUGCUGGAGUCGGAGGAAGCGCCGCUGCCGCAGGCCGCCCUGCAGCAGUGGCUCCAGAAGCUGGACGUGGGCUGGAAUAAACUGCUGGAGAUGUGGGAGAGCCGGAGGGACGUUCUGGUGCAGGCUCACAUCUUCCACCUGUUCCUGCGAGACGUCAAGCAGGCCGAGUCCUUUAUCAACAACCAGGAGUCGGCGCUGGCCCACGGUGAGCUCCCCAACACGGUGGAGACAGUGGAGGCGGCAGUCAAGAAGCACAAGGACUUUACCACCACCAUGGAGCUCAACCUGCACCGCAUCAAGGCUGUGAUUGAGGCAGGAGAGAGCCUCAUCAGCCAGAACAACAUCUACUCAGAUCGCAUCAAGGAGCGCGUCGACACGCUCGCCAACAGGGGCAACCAGAACCGGGAGCAGGCCCAGCAGUGGUUGGACAAGCUCAACGACCAGUGGGCACUUCAGAGGUUCCUCCAGGACUGUCACGAGCUGGGGGACUGGGUAUGCGAGAAGAUGCUGAUGGCGAGGGACAGCAGCCACGACGAGACCCAGAAGCUCCACAAAAAAUGGCUGAAGCAUCAGGCCUUCAUGGCCGAGUUGGCCCAGAACAAAGAAUGGCUGGAGAAGAUCGAACGGGAGGGCCAGCAGCUGAUCCAUGAGAAGCCUGAGUUGGGCCAGAUGGUCCAGAGGAAGCUGGCGGAGAUCCGUGAGUGCUGGCAGGACCUGGAGAGCACCACACAGGCCAAAGCCCAGCAGCUCUUCCAGGCCAACAAGGCCGACCUCCUGGUGCAGAGCUACCACAGCCUGGACCAGAGACUGGGCCAGCUGGAGGGACAACUGGCCUUUGUAGACCGAGGGCAGGAUCUGAGCACCGUCAACAGGCAGCUGAAAAAAUUGCAGACCAUGGAGUUCCAGAUGGAAGAGUGGUACAAGGAAGUGGGGCACCUGCAGGUCCAGGCCUCCUCCGUACCGCAGCAGGCGCGGGUCAAGGAGACGGUUGCCGAGCAACAAGCGGCGGUGGAGGCCCGCAUGGUGCGCCUGAUCGAGCCCCUGAAGGAGAGGAGACGCUUCCUGCUGGCGUCCAAGGAGGUGCACCAAGUGGGACGAGAUUUGGAGGACGAAAUGUUGUGGGUGCAAGAACGCCUCCCGCUGGCCAUGAGUCAAGAGCACGGCUCUUCUUUGCAGUCGGUCCAGCAGCUCAUGAAGAAGAACCAGACCCUCCAGAGGGAGCUCCAGGGCCACCACGGCCGAGUAGAGGAGGUUCUGGAGAGGGCAGGGAUCAUCGCCUCCAUCCGCAGCCCCGAGGGCAACAUGGUGAGGGCGGGUCUCGAGCAGCUGGCCCAGCUGUGGGCUCUGCUAUGGGUGGAGACCGAGCGCAGGCAGCUGGUCCUGGACGCCAUGUACCAGGCGCAGCAAUACUACUUUGACAUGGCCGAGGUGGAGGCCUGGCUGAGUGAGCAGGAGCUGCACAUGAUGAACGAGGAGAAGGGGAAGGACGAACCGAGUACUUUGCAGCUGCUGAAGAAGCACCUGGUCCUGGAACAGACCAUUGAGGACUACGCUGAGACCAUUGGCCUACUUUCACAACAAUGUCGGCAGCUGCUGGAAAUGGGACACCCUGAUUGUGAGCAGAUCAGCAAGCGGCAAUCGCAGAUCGACCGCCUGUACGUGUCGCUGAAGGACCUGGUGGAGGAGAGGAAGAGUCGUCUGGAGCAGCAGUACUGGCUCUACCAGCUCAACAGGGAGGUGGACGAGCUGGAACAGUGGAUCGCUCAGAGGGAGGUGGUGGCCAGCUCGCCCGAACUGGGCCAGGACUUUGAGCAUGUCACACUGCUCCAGGAGAAGUUCACGGACUUUGCGUCGGAGACGGGCAACGUGGGCCAGGAGCGAGUGACGGCUGUCAACCAGAUGGUAGACGAGCUCAUCGACUACGGACACGCCGAGGCCGCCACCAUUGCCGAAUGGAAGGACGGCGUCAACGAGUCCUGGGCCGACCUUCUGGAGCUGAUGGAGACCCGGGCGCAGAUGCUGGCCGCCUCGCACCACCUGCACAAGUUCUUUUCCGACUGCAGAGAGGUUCUGUGCCAGAUUGCGGACAAGCAUCGAAGGCUACCGGAGGUCCGUGGUCGCCAGAGCAGCACGUCCAAUACCAGCACGCUGCAGAGACUCCUCCAAGGUUUUGAGCAGGACAUCCAGCUGCUGGUCACGCAGGUGCGGCAGCUGCAGGAGAGCGCCGCCCAGCUCAGGACAGUGUACGCGGGCGAGAAGGCGGACGCCAUAGCCUGCCGCGAGCACGAGGUCAUGCAGUGCUGGAAGGAGCUGCUGACGUCCUGCGAGGAGUGUCGGGUUCAGAUCACCACGGAGACGGACAAGCUGAGGUUCUUCAGCCUGGUGCGGGAUCAGAUCAUGUGGAUGGACUCGAUCAUCUGUCAGAUCGGGACGGGAGAAAAGCCGAGGGACGUGUCGUCCGUGGAGGUGCUGAUGAACUAUCACCAGAGUCUGAACAGCGAGGUGGAUGCUCGCAGUCACAGCGUGGUGGAGUGUAUCGAGAUGGGGAAGACGCUGCUGGCUGCUCGCAACCCCGCCGCCCAAGAGAUCAAGGAGAAGCUGGACAAGGUAGUUGCUAAGCAACACGAGCUGUCUGAGAAGUGGGACAAGCACUGGGAGGUCCUGCAGCAACUGCUGGAGGUCCAUCAGUUUGCUCAGGAGGCGGUGGUGGCAGAGGCGUGGCUGACGGCCCAGGAGCCCCUGGUCAACAGCAAUGAACUCGGGGCCAGUGUCGACGAAGUGGAGCAGCUGAUACGACGACACGAAGCCUUCCGGAAAGCCGCCGCCACCUGGGAGGAGCGCUUCAGCUCACUGCGCCGCCUCACCACGGUGGAGAAGCUGAAAGCGGAGCAAAGCAAACAACCCGCGACACCUCUACUGGGUCGUAAAGUCUUCCUGGACCCUCUUGACGCCUCCCACGUUCCUUCCACCCUCCCCCGCCUUCCGCUCUCCCCCGUCAUGAGACAGACCAUCUAUGAACAGAACGAGGCCAGCACUCCACCAUCACCCUCGCCGGCCACCCCCACGCCGUCCCCCUCGGCCGCGGCCCGCCGCCUGUGUUCCACAGUGGCCGGCUACAUGCCUGUGACGAAUGACAGCAGUUACCGCCACGGCCUGGAAGCGCCUCAUGGGGGCGUGGUAGGCAUGGGGCUCCGCCAACCUGCUCCUUCUUCCAUUUUAUCCGUCGCCACGGCCGCUAUGCUUGUCUCCGCCAAUCAGGCGCGAGAAAGCACCAGCAAGGUUCUUCUUCAUCCUGCGGCAGAGGUGGAUGCAAAACUGUCUCCCUAUCUCCGGCGACCGAAAAUCCAACACCUGGGUGACGCGGUGACGCCGCUGGUAGUAGCCAGCAGGCUGGAAAAGACCAGGGAAAAAGGCCGGGAGAUGAUGACGGAGAGAGCCGAGGUGGCCGUCAUGGCCGAAGUGGUUCUCCAGGACCCAAACCGGGACAGGCUCCACGGCGACCCCGUCAGAGGGUCCCGUCCCUCCAGGACUAACCCUGAGCCGCAGGUGCAGACUCAUAGGGAACACAAGUUGGAACGCCAGCUGUCCAGCGAGCAGCUGAUCCAGGCACGCAGGGACGAGCUUCCUCAGGAGGUGUGGCGGGAACACGCCGAACGGCGGGAGAGGCGGACUUUGGAGAGACAAACAUCCAGCGAGCAGGAAGGCCACGGGAGCCUCGAUGGACGCAGGAGGGACCGACAGCGGCUGGAGAGGCAGGAGUCCAGCGAGCACGACACCGGGAAGGAACAUUCCGACCGACGCUCAGGGGGAGGAGAGAGAAGACCCACCAUGGCAGAAAUAGUGGAGCAGCUUCAGGAAAGAGAAGCAGCCCAGGCCCGAGGCGAGGUGCCCCGCCUACCCAACGGCCUACCAGAGAAGUCUUCCCGUUCCGACCGGCCUCGUGCUCGGGACAGACCCAAACCGCGGCGCCGACCGCGGCCAAAAGAGUCGGGCGAUACGGCGCGGCGGUCCCGGUCGGCUCCCGCCCAGAGCGGCCCGGCAGUUACGCAGCCACCGAGCCACAGCGCUCACCACGAGGGCUUCCUCUUCCGCAAGCUGGACAUCGAGAGCCUGAAGAAGAGUACCAACAGCAGGUCCUGGGUCAACUUGUACUGCGUGCUGAACAAGGGGGAGUUGGGCUUCUACAAGGAUGCCAAGAACACGGCCACGUCGUACAACAACGAGCCGCUGCUCAACCUGGCCCAAUGUCACUGUGACGUCACCAACGGAUACAAGAAAAAGAAGAAUGUCUUCACGCUCAAGACAAAAGACGGCAGCGAGUUCUUGUUCCACGCAAAAGACGAGGAGGACCUGAAGACGUGGGUGAGCAGCAUCAGCAGCACCAUCAGCGAGCACCAGGACCUGUCCAAGGGCGGACUGCCCCAAGCAACUACCUCAUCCACCGACGAGGGCACGCGUCGCGACGGCAGCAAGGCCGGCUCGGAGCGCGGCGGCGAGCGCUCGGACCGCACCGACCGCAUCGAGCGAGCCGAGCGGGACAAGGAGAAGGACAAGGAAAAGGAGAAGGACAGGGGGCGGGAGAAGGACAGGGGCGAGAGGUCGGACCGGGCAGGCAAGGCGGAGACAAAGCGCUCGGAGAAGAGCGGCAAGAAAAAAUGAUGGCCGACUUGCCGACUCGUCAUAAGUUCCGCCUCCUUUUUCCCCCCUCCCUCCAAUGUGGGCGGAAGCUGACAUGCAGGAAGGAAGAACUUUAACUCAACUGACUUAUUCUUCUCUUCCUGCCCUCAACACAAGGCUCCGCCCCCUGCUGGCCAUCCAGGGAAGUGCGGAGGAAGGUUAGCAAGAAGUAGCUCGCGCUGUCCCAUUUGUGUGUGUGUGCGUGCGUGCGUGCGUUUGCGCGUGUGUGUGUGUGUGUGUGUGUGUGUGUGUGUGUGUGUGUGCGCGCACGUGUUAGUAGAGCAAGCUUACUAUGCCAAACUGAAUGAAUGCUAACAUGCUAGUCCUGUCUGACUGUUAUCACAAGCACUGUUUGUUUUUCUACACACUCUUCAUUUGUCAUGCCCCUAAUCAGCGGCAUCGUUUCAACGGGCUCCCUUACGGGGACCCUCGAUUGUGCGUGUCCGUCACAGCGCUCAGGUUUCUCCCACUGUUGUCAGCGUCACGUGACUAAACGUCUUCCAGGCACGAAGCAGAGGGGCGGCGACCCCUUCCGGUGUCGGCAGCGGGUGCAAGCGAGAACACGGAUGAAUGGGUCAGUCAUUUAGACAACAAUCAGAAGCAGGACUGCUUCAGCUGUCAUGAUGUUGCGUGUCAGACUGGGUGGGGAACCAAGUGUUUUGGUUCCUGCCUUUAAACGUGCCACUCGGCCCCAAAUUGCUUUAAGCUAACAUGGCGAGUGUGCUAAUUGUACAAGAGUGAAGUACGCCAACAGUUAUGAAUACAAAACAAACAUUGUGUGCGAUGUUAACACCCUCAAAAACGCAUUUCGAGGGCCCUUAGUGUUAAUUAAGACACACCCAGAACAAACAUGGCUUCUUUACAGCACUGUGAAUUUUUGGAACGUCACACGAAAUAAAUAUAUAGGGAAAUUACUGCCAAAACUCCACAAACACGCAAAAGUGCGUUUACUCAUGCCCGACGAUUCGCAAGUAAAAAAAACCUUACAACAAUGAAAAAAAAAAUUCGCAAGUAAAAAAUAUUUUUGCAAGUGUGACAAUGUUUGCUAGUAAAACGAACAAUUUGCAAGUAACAACAAUUUUCUGCAAGCAAAAAAAGUAUUUGCAAGUAUAACAAAAAUUUGUGUUUAAUUAAAAAAACAUUUUCAAGUAAAAAAAAUGUUUUCAAUUAUAAAUACAAUUUUAUGCAUACAAAAAAAUGAUUUGCAAGGACAAGCACAAUUUUUCUUCAAUAAAAAAAGAUUAAGUUAAAAAAAAACAUUUUCUUCAAUUAUAAAAAAACGCUAGUAUACAAAUGCUUUUCUGCAAGUAAAAAAAAUUUGAAAAUAUACAAACCAUUUUCUGCAAAUAAAAACAAUAAAUGAAUAAACACAUUUUUCUUCAAUUAAAAAAAUAUAUAUUUUCAAGUAAAAAAAACAAUUUCCUUGAUUAAAAAAACAAUUUGUAAGUAAAAAACUUUUCUGUGAGCAAAAAAAUUAUUCGCAAGUAUUAAAAACAUUAUUGUUCAAUUAAAAAAAAUAUUUACAGGUAAAAAACUAACAAUUUGCAAGUAUACAAACAAUUUUCUGCAAGUAAAAAAAAAUUUUCAAUUAAAAAAGAAUAUUCCCAAGUCAAAAAAAACGAUUUGCAAGUGAAAAAACAUUACUGCAAGCUAAAAACAAAUGUGUUAAAUUAAAAAAAGAUUUGCAACUAAAAGAAAAACAAUUUUCUUCACAAAAGAUUUUUAAGUAUACAAACGCUUUUCUGCAAGUAAAAGAACGUUUUGCAAGUAUAAAAAAAAAAUCUGCAAGUAAAAAACAAUGUGCAUGUAGGAACAUUUUUUUAAAUUAAAAAAAUGAUUUGCAAAUUAUGAAAAAAUAUUUUCUUAAAUUACAAAACAAUUUGCAAGUUAAAAAAAACAAUUUUCUGCAAGCAACAUUUUUUCAAUUGUUCCAUUAAAAUAAUGACUCACAAGUAACAAAAAAAACAGUAAUUGUAUUCAAUUAUAAAAACUAUAUGCAAGUAUACAAACGAUUUUCUGCAAGUAAAAAAUAAUUCACAACAAUAAACAUACUUUUCUUCAAUUAAAAACAAUUCACAAGUAAAAUAAAACCAUUUGCAAGUUGAAAGAAAAACUUUCUGCAAGCAAAACAAUUACUUUCAAGUAUUAAAAAAACAUUUUUGUUCAAUUAAAAAAAAGAUUCACAAGUAACAAAACAAUUGUAUUCAAUUAUAAACAAUUGGCAAGUAUUCGAAUAAAUUUCUGCAAGUAAAAAAACUAUUCACAAGUUAAAAAUAAUUAUUCAAUUAAAAAUACUAUUCAGAAGUUAAAAAAACGUGAUUUGCAAGUGAAAAAAAAUUCUGCUAGCAAAAAUGUUUUGGAAGUAUAACAAACAUUUUCCGUCAAUUCAAAAAUGGAUUUGCAAGUAAAAAAAAAAAAAAGUUAUUUAAUUACAGAACAAUUUGCAUGUACACAAACACUUUUCUGCAGGAAAAAAUGAUUCGCAAGUAUAAAAACACAUUUCUGCAAGUGAAAAACAAUUUCCAUGUAUAAACACAAUUUUAUUCAAUUAAAAAAACCUUUAGCAAGUAGAAAACAAAAAAUUAUUUUAAAAAAAAAUACUUGCAAGUAUAAAAAAACAUUUUUGUUUCAUUAGAAAAUGAUUCACAAGUAAAAAAAAAAAAUAUAUUUUUGUAUUUAAUUAUAAAAACUAAUUGCAAGUAUACUCAUUUCUACAAGUAGAAAACAAUGUGCCUGUAUAACACCAUUUUCUUCAAUAAAAAAAAACGAUCCGUAAGUAAAAAAACAACUAUUUUAUUCAAUUACAAAAACAAUUUAUACACUUUUCUCCAAGUAAAAAAACGAAUUUACAAGUAUAAACACAAUUUUCUUCAAUUAAAAACAAUUCUCAAGUACACAAAACUAUUUGCAAGUCAAACAAAUGAUUAGCAAGUUAAAAAAAAAUCACAUUUUUGUUUGAUUAAAAAAGAACAAUGCCCAAGUAAAAAACUGUUCUCCUUUGUUAUUUUUGGCAGACGGCACCAUGCGCAAAUAACAAUAGCUCUGACAGCUUUAAAUUAACUUAUCAGCACCACCAGUUGUUGUAGAGUGUGAAUUAUGGCUGCUGUGAGUGCAAGUUUGUGAAAUAUUACUGUCAAACUUUCAAUUACUUGCAAAUCAUUUUUAUGUGAAGAAAUUAGUUUUUUUUAACUGCAAAUCGUUGGGCGUGAGUAAAAAAUUUUUGGUGUAUUUGGAGUUUUGGCAGUCAUUUCACUUCAUAUGAGUACAAAACAAACAUUGUGUGCUGUCUAAAAACUAUGCUAACACCCUCAAAAAUGGAUUUCUAAGGCACCUCACGUUAGCCAGCUAGCAAAAGCGCCUAAAACAAACUUUCACGGCACUGUGACUUUUUAAAACUCUACACACAAAAAUAUGUGGCGGUUUGUUUCUGACACGGACAUGAUCGAGGUUAUCUUCUUUUUCGUUGUUUUUAGGACUCUCCGCGCACGUUUUGCGUACGAAGUGCGAACGCAGUCAUUUUCCGCGCAUGUCCGCCACAACUAGCAAGGAGGAGGAGGUGUAAAUGUUGUAAGAAUGAGAAAAUGAUGCGAUGCUGAUGUCACAUUUGGACGCCAACAACCUCAAAACAGACUGCACAGGAAAAAAGCAGCCGAAUUGUUCUUUUCCUGCAGGCCUCGGCGUGCCAGCUGAGAUGGAAUGAUGAAUAAAAUACGUUUUGGUUUAUCAAUAAA